AUGAGCUGGGAUCGAGUCAUUCAAGAUUCCGACGAGGACGAACCCCUCGAGGGAGAGCAGCUUGAGGAUACCCCCUCAUCUGUCGACCCCCUCCAAGCACACGAGCCCGCUGUGCAGCAACAACACUACGACGGUGCCCCCGCCAAACACGCAGCCCACAAUGCAGUAAACGAGGCUCCUACUGCUGCGGACGAGAGCAUGUUCCCACAGUUCAAUAUCAAUUUUGAUGAAUUCCUCCAGUCACAGGAUCGAAGCCAUGCGAUGUUAUCAUCAUCGCAGCAGCGGCGCGAGGAGAAAUGGAUUCCUUCGAACAGUGAGGGUGAGAGUGGAUCAGUUGGGAGUAUGAUGACCGAGAUUGGUCUUGCGCAAAGACGACUGAUGGACGACGAUUUAUCAACUGCUGGCCAACGGCUACCAUCCACGGCCACACAAUUCUCAAUGGAGUCUGUCUACGCAACUUUCCAAGCUGAUCAUGGCUUUCUUCCUCGCCCGGGUCAACUGAAAGGCAACAGCUUUGGCAAUGCCGGGCCGCCAAUUGAAACGCAUAGCAACGCGAAUCAGUCAUUGCUCUCCUCUAGACAGGGUAUCUAUGACUUAACUCCGUAUUCUGUGGCCUCGAUGCCCAUAAGCUUUCCCCAUGAUGUGGCCUCGUUUCCUCGUUUCAAGGAACGAGAGAACCCAACUUCGAUUCCAACUCAGAUAAUUGCUCAGCAAAACGCUUACCAGCCGGACUUUUAUUCACCCCAUGAUACCGAGCCAAUGUCAUCUGUUGCAUCUGCGCGAUUGAGCGAACUAAAGAGCGACACCACUGGGACUAGUCUCAUGUCCGCGCAACACUCACAGAACAGCGCGCCUGACGAGCUUUCACUGCCAGCGGCACCUGUGCCCAUCGUAACCCCCGCGCCAAAGAAAAGGCGAGGACGUACAAAGAAGGAAGCGAUCCCAGACAGCGAUGACGAUGAUGAUGAGCUGGCGUUUUCCCGAGACCACGAGUUCAGGCAGCCUAGUGCAAAUGGUGCGAUUCAUCCAUCCGAUAGUGAACAAACUACGGAACUCAACACCCCAAUCUCAGGAGGAGUCUCUGAUGAGACUAAUGAAGAGGAUUUAGAACCAGUUGUCAAGCCCAGAAAAUCGGAACCAAAGGAGCUCAAAAAGAAGAAGACGAAGAAGGAAAAGGCGACACCGGCACCUAAGUCAGCCGCCGAAAAAGAGGAUGAAGUGAUAUGGGUAGAUACAAAGCCCAUCGAAGCCGAGCCACUUCCUAACGAGACCAUCCCUGAAACGGCAGUCCCGAGCAAGGACAUAAACCCCACAACCGUGGAUUCCAAGGCAGCUCAAACGAAAUGCAAAGAAAACACCCCACAACCGAUCCAAAACGACGACCGAUUAACCUCCCAAAAGCGCGGACGCAAACGCAAGAAGCCAGCCGCAGAAACUCCGGUACCAGCACCCGAGGCAGUGGAAACACACACAAGCACGGAAACCCCAACUCCAAAAGUCUCAGUCGUGGUCAACACCAGUCCAAAUGCCGUUCCCACCAGCAAUGGCAAUAACAAGCAUACGCCCGAGGUCCAAAAGCAAGACCAAGACCCUCAACUUCAACCUGAAGCAACGUCCGGGUCUAAUCCCAUCACCAAUGAAACACCCCAAACACCCCAAACACCCUCCAAGCCAGCCUUCAAACCCGUUGAAACGCCCCAAAACCAGAACCAGAAUGCUGGCAAAGGACCUGGUAAACACAGUCCCAUCUCGGCGCGGAGUACUGUGCCCAUGCGCGUGGGAUUGAGUAAGAGGGCUAGGAUUGCGCCGUUGUUGAAGAUCGUUCGGAAGUAA